GAUCAUGUGACACGAUGUCCGAGUGGUUAAGGAGAUCGCCUGCUAAGCGGUUGGGCUUUGCCCGCGUGUGUUCGAAUCGCACUCGUGUCGUUGUUUUGUUGGGCUCUUUUUCGUUAUCUUCACGCUAAUACAUUGCCGGUCAGCGCUCUGUCUCUACAUACAAGCCUCACGUCGCUUUCAUUCAUUUUCGUUCUUUGCUUCCUCAUCUGUUUUUCCUUAGCGGGAAAGAGACUGGCCGUCAUUCAGUAAAAGUAAGCUUGGCAGUAGUCCCUAUAACAAAGUGACCGACAUCUCAUCAUCCUUCGCUCCGCGCCACGUGGAUAGCCAGCCAGUUUGUCAUCUCUUGAGGAUCCCCCUCUCGCUCCCAGUUCCCUCCGGCCCACGAUGUGGCACUCAAUCCUCCUGUGCUGCGCCUUGGCCGCCUUCUCGGUCUCAGCAGUGAUGGCCCAGAGCUCGGGAACGGCAUCCAAGCCGACUCCGGCCCCGACACCCACUGCUUUCGCUGACCACACGCGCGUACUGACGGGAGGCACCAUCGCCGGCAUCGUCGUGGGCGGCAUCUUUUUCGUCCUGUUCGUGGGGAGCGCGAUCGUGUGCGGAUGGGCGCAUUGGAAGUCCACUGCCCGCCGGCCCGUGGGAGACUCGGAAGAGGGUGCGGCUGGUGGGAAGGUGGAGGCUGAGCCCUCUGAUGAUGUGAAGAUGCCACCGCGGCUCCGGUGAUUGGAACCGAGGUGUGUUGUGUUGUCCGGGGAUUGUCGACGUUAUAGCAAAGCUCAUCACGUCGCAGCAGCUUUUAGACAUGUGUUACUGGAGUGACUCGCUUCGAACGCGGUGCAAUAUACGAUGCGAAUGAGCGAUCGCUUGAAGUUCUCGUACUUCUCUGAGACCGAUUUUGGUGCUGUAACCUCGCUUUUGCGACCCAGGCGCCUCUCAUCCUAUCUUCGUGUCGGAUCGGGGGAUUGCCUAAAACUUGAGACGAGGCUGCCAUGAGUGUUAUCUACUGAGCGAUCCAUUGUCGGUUGGGUGUCAGGUUUCAGAAUCGGACAUCGUGUGGCUGUGAUCAUCGCCAAAGGGGUCGAUUGGGCAUCCUGGUGGAAAAAGG